AAUUUACAACAGCCUUGUAAUACAGAUUAAUCGGUAAAAAUAAUUAUAAUCAGAGCGAGACAGAGAAACAAACAUCUUUGUAUAUCAACGGACGACACUCCCCCCACCUGAGCUGCAACUCAAAUAUUGAGUCUUAAACAAACAAACCUUCUUCUCUCUCUCAUCUUCAACCACCUAUACUUACACCUAUACACACAGAGAGAGUAGCGGAGGGGGAGUAGGUGGGGAUGAAGAAGCUCCGCAGCUUCUAUAUGCACCUCCGCCACCCACACACAAGCGAACGCAAAUGGAUCUUCCCCUUAGUUCUCGCCUCUCUCCUCUCUCUCUCCCUCCUCUUGAUCACCACAUCUCUCUCCUCCUCCCCUCCCUCUCUCCUUCUCUCUCUCCACUCCAUCUCUCUCUCCUCUUCCUCCGUCUUCAUCGAAUCCAAACUCCACCCCCUCCCUCUCUCCUCUCUCCCUCCCCCUCCCCGUCUCGCUUACCUCAUCUCCGGCUCCAACGGCGACUCCUCCAUGCUCAAACGCACUCUCCUCGCCCUCUACCACCCGCACAAUCAGUACAUCGUGCAUCUCGAUGCUGAGUCUCCGGAGCACGAGCGCCGUGAUCUGUUGGAGUUUGUUGCGAAUUCUUCGGUGUUUGUUAGGUUUGGGAAUGUACGGAUGAUUACGAAGGCUAAUUUGGUCACUUAUAGGGGUCCCACUAUGGUUGCCAAUACUCUUCAUGCUGCUGCCUUGUUGUUGCGUCACGGCGGUGAUUGGGAUUGGUUUAUUAAUCUCAGUGCUUCCGAUUAUCCUCUCGUUACUCAAGAUGAUCUGCUUGAUGCGUUUUCGUAUUUACCGAGGGACUUGAAUUUCAUUGAUCAUACCAGCAAUAUUGGGUGGAAAGAGAGUCAGCGGGCAAAGCCGGUAAUUGUUGAUCCGGGCUUGUAUAUGACUAAGAAAAGUGAUGUCUUCUGGAUUACGCAACGGAGAAGUGUGCCAACUGCGUUCAAGCUAUUUACAGGAUCUGCCUGGAUGGCCCUGUCUCGGCCUUUUAUUGACUACUGCAUAUGGGGAUGGGACAACUUACCCCGAACAGUUCUCAUGUAUUAUGCGAAUUUCCUCUCCUCCCCGGAAGGUUAUUUUCACACCGUGGUGUGUAAUGCUCGUGAGUUUAGCAAUACCACUGUAAAUAGUGACCUGCACUACAUAUCAUGGGACAAUCCCCCAAAGCAGCAUCCCCACUACCUUACUGUUGAUGACAUGAAAAAGAUGGUUGACAGUAAUGCCCCGUUUGCAAGGAAGUUCCACAAAGAUGAUCCGGUGCUUGAUAAGAUUGACUCUGAACUCUUGUCUCGAGGUCAAGGUAUGGUAGUUCCAGGCGGCUGGUGCUUAGGGAGCCGGGAAAAUGGCUCUGAUCCCUGCUCCGUUGUGGGUAAUAUAACACUCCUUAGGCCCACCCCAGGAGCAAAGAGAUUGGAAACUCUGAUCAGUUCACUCCUGUCAGAUGAUAAAUUUCGGCCUAUGCAAUGUAAAUAGUCAAUUCUGUGUCAAAAGGUGUAUUUCUGUUUAGCUAUAACCAUUAAUGUCAGGGAUGAGACUACGUCCCAAUUAGACCGAAUCGAUAUCCAUCAUGCAGGCGGGAUGAAGCUACACACUGUAUAAGAGGUGAACCAACUGAUCCUUUUCUUGUUAGCAUAUACUUCAUAGGAAAUGGAAACUGGCCUGGCUAUAGAUUACUCCAAUAUUGUCUGGAAAUCCAGUUGUAUAGAUGAGAUGUACCUGAUAGGAAUGAGAGGGUGUAUGUUUGAAGUGAUUUUGUUAAUUUAACACUCUUCUGCAUUGAAAUUUUGUUAUUGGUUGUAAAAGUGUAGAUUUACCAGAACUUAUUGAUUAUCAAAUAGGAGAUCUUUCGUGAUCAUCUUUGUUUUUA